AUGCAGUGUCUUGUCGCAUUAGCAACAGGAAUUGUGUCAAAACUUGGAGAAUCAUUGGUUACACCAAUUGCAAAUCAAAUUGGAUAUCUAGUUUACUACAACAAAAAUAUAAAAAUCCUUAAAAAUGAACUCAAAACGUUGGAAGGUAGGAAACAAGGAGUUGAAGGGGUGGUUGAUGAAGGUAAAAGAAAUGGACGUCAAAUUGUAUCUGAUGUAGAAGAUUGA